AUGCGCUGCUUUAAAGACGUAUAUUUUUGGAGACAGAGUCUAAUACUUAUAGGAGACAGUGUACAUUCAGCCGGAACUGGUCUCAUGCUCAGUUUCUCUUCUGUCCUGAACCCAGCUCUUCUAUCAAACUCUACUGAUAUACGAGCUACACCAGAGGAAGUAUCGUGGAUUUAUAAAUUGGGCGUUGGAGGGAUGUUCGCGAUUUUUGCAACGUGUUUACUUGUAUGUGUUAUAGGUCUAUAUUUCACUCUUAUAGAGACCAAAGAUAGAACACUUCAAGAUAUAGAAGAUGAAAUUAAAGGCAUUAAGAGGACGAACGAGCAGUGUUUCAUGAAUGCUACGUAA